AUGAGAAUAUUAAAAAAUCACCCUUUAUUAAAAUUAGCUAAUGGUUAUUUAAUAGACGCUUCACAACCUAGUAAUAUAAGUUACUUAUGAAAUUUCGGAUCUUUAUUAUUAGUUUGUUUAGUUAUACAAAUUGUAACUGGAGUUACUUUAGCAAUGCACUAUAAUCCCUCAGUAUUAGAAGCAUUUAAUUCUGUAGAGCAUAUUAUGCGUGAUGUAAACAAUGGAUGAUUAGUACGUUACUUACAUAGUAACACAGCAUCAGCUUUCUUCUUUUUAGUGUACUUACACAUAGGAAGAGGUAUAUACUACGCAUCAUAUAGAGCACCAAGAACAUUGACAUGAGUUAUAGGUACAAUAAUCCUUAUCGUUAUGAUAGUUACAGGAUUCCUGGGUUAUGUUUUACCUUAUGGACAAAUGUCAUUAUGAGGUGCUACAGUUAUUACUAAUUUAAUUAGUGCUGUUCCAUGAAUUGGACAAGACAUAGUUGAGUUCAUUUGAGGAGGUUUUAGCGUAAAUAACGCAACUUUAAACAGAUUCUUUGCUUUACAUUUUGUAUUACCUUUUAUAUUAGCGGCAUUAGUUUUAAUGCAUAUGAUAGCUUUACAUGAUACAGCUGGAUCAAGUAAUCCUUUAGGAGUACCAGUAUAUUAUGAUAGAAUGCCUAUGGCUCCUUAUUUCUUAUUUAAAGAUUUAAUAACUAUAUUUAUCUUUAUAUUUGUUUUAGGUAUCUUUGUAUUCUUUAUGCCUAAUGUUUUAGGUGAUAGUGAUAAUUAUAUAAUGGCUAAUCCUAUGCAAACACCACCUGCCAUAGUACCUGAAUGAUAUUUAUUACCUUUCUAUGCUAUUUUAAGAUCUAUACCUAAUAAAUUAUUAGGAGUUAUCGCAAUGUUAGCUGCAAUACUAAUUAUUUUACUAUUACCUAAAGCUGAUUUAGGGCUAACUAAAGGUUUACAAUUUAGACCCCUAAGCAAGAUAGCUUUCUACCUGUUUUUAGUGAAUUUUUUAAUGUUAAUGCAAUUAGGAGCUAAACACGUAGAGAGCCCGUUUAUAGAAAUAGGACAAUUAAGUACUGCCUUGUAUUUUUCUCAUUUCUUAUUUAUAUUACCGGCAGUAAGUAUAUUAGAAAAUACUCUUGUAGAUUUAGAAUUACAAAAUAAUGCCAAAAAUAUAUAA